CUCUCCAGUCCAGGUUGGAAAUUUCAUGCCAGAAAAAAUGCUGCUGAUAGUUCGUGAUGCGAGCAAGAGCGUUGUUUUUGUUUAGUUUCUAAAUGAAUCUGUUUUGAACGAGUCAGACGAGUAGCUGACUCACUAAGUGAUUCAUUAUUAUUAUUAUUAUUUUUAUUUAUUUAGUUAUUAUUAUUAUUUUAUUAUAAUUGAAGUGCAAAUGCAUAAAUUCCAUGUAACUUGAGGCAGCUUCUGCUGAAUGUACAGCUGAAUGCGUUUACAAUGAUUCAUUGAUUGGUAACAAAAGCCUGUUCUCAUUAUUAACGAAGCAUUAAGAGAAAAAUCUGGUCUGUUUUAUACAUUUAUGAAAAUUCGGUCCAUUUUGUAUACUGCAUGUUACCGCGAUACAUCAGCUAUAGUAUUAUCUAAUGGUAUAGAUAAUUGUUAAUAGCAUUUAACACUUAAAACAGUUGCAGCUGAUUGGAAAAAUGUUUUUCCAUGCAUGCUUGAACUGACUACGGUGCAUUUACCUCUGACCAGUAGACAUCACCAGCGUGUGACGAUUCGAGGGAAACCGAAUCAUUUCUCAAAGCGGUUCAAUUGAUUCAAAAGCUUUCUCCCAUCACUAGGAGGAACCCUCAACAGUUAUUUUCAUCAGUUAUCUGAGUCUUAACAUUAGUUAUUUUAUACAGAUACAGUCGUGGAAUUUAUUUGAAUCCAUUAGUGAGAAUGAAUGAGUGAAUGAAAUUGUCUUACCAGUCUGUGCAGCGUCUCUUUAACGGAAGCUGGGUUUUGAGUUACUUCAAAAACAGAAACAAAUCGAUUAGAGCUGAAAAUUAUAUAGCGUUAUAUUUUAUGUUUAUCUCAGGACAGCGUUGACGUUAAGUUCUUAUUAAUUCUGCAACUGUGCGUGCGAUCUGACUGCACAUGAUGUCCGAGCUGUUUGUACAACGCCUUAGAUUAGAAACGGCAAAUCUAUGAAAACGGUUCAAAUUUCAAAACAUAUUUCUUCCGAUCAAAAUUGAGUAUCCAGAUAGCAUGAACUGUUCUCGUGAUUUAGCGACCAAGCGAAGCAAGUUCAACCAGGGAAAACGAAAAGGAUUUGAGCUGUGUUUUUUACGGUUUUGAGCCAGCGGGGUGGAGAGAAAGCUGGCCGACAAUGAAUCAGCGGCGCGGCUUGUUGAGAGCCUGUUGCAGCGGCCUGACUGUGGAGGAAGGCCCACUCCUUUGCGGGAAGAGGGCAGCAUUGCCCGAGACACGAGCUUGGUGUUUGAGGGGCUUUAUUAUCCAUUCCUUUAUGGCCGGAAAGAUUGAAUGAGUUGGAGAUGAGAAAGACGGGGAAAAAGAUCGCGGAUAUGUUGCCCGUGGUAGGCCUCGGCAUGCUGGGCCGGUUUGUUUGGGCCAAGACCGCCAAGACCCGCGAGACAACGCCGAGGGAUCGGCGGUGGUGCGGUGUGGAGGAUAAUCACUUUUUAGGCCAGAAAAUUGAGGUAAGAUUCCUUGAGGACGAAGAAUUUUUCAUCGGACAGACGGCGAGAGCUCGAUUUUAGACGGAACGUAGGGCGAGGCCUAAUGCUGAUAAACUCUCAGAUGAACAGAAGUCAGUCUGCUGAAUUUAUACCUUUUGACAUUGGUUGAGUUGAUUAACUGAAUGCUCUCCACCUGUGCUAAUUAGGUUAAUUAUCUGAACUUGCUCCUCCCGAAUUUUGUUAAUAAAACAUCAUGUAGUCCAAAUAACCAGUGCUCCACUGAAACCCUCAUAAUUACAAUCCAAGGAGUUUUUUGUCAUUUUCAAAAAUAAUUGUAUACUUUGCUUUAAAUGUGACCAAUGGACAUGCAUUUAACAUGAAGAAUAAUUGCAAACACUUACCCACUAUGUGCAUCUAUUUGAUCUAUUUAGUUAGUUAGUCUAAUUGAUUUUAUGUAAUCUAUAAUCAGAUAAUUUGCUCUAUUUUUACCCAUCUAAUCUAUUUUAUCAUUUGUAUCUAUCUAUUCCUCUUAAAGAGCAAACAUGUCUGGCCAAAAAAGGACUUGGCAGCAAGUCAAGAUUAAAUACAAGAAUAUUUUGCAGGCUGGUAAGUGACUUGUUUGCGGAGAACAUAGGUGACAUGUUUGAUGACAUUUUACUGUCUGUGCUGAUUUUAGCAAUAAAAAAAAGUCAUAUAUCUGGUAUGGGGGGUGGCCCUCCAACCCAAGACUUCACCACAGCAGAGGAGCUGGCCUUGGACUUAAAUAAAGGGAGGCCAGUGAUUGAAGGGAUCCAGGGAGGGACAGCCACUGACUCUGGCCCAGCAAGGGAUACUGGCCUCCUCCUACAAGUGGCUGGUAACACCCUUACACUUUUGGAGCCACCAGACUAUAAUUCAUCGAGGGAAGCCACAUCUACAGCAGCGGAGUGCACUUCUGCCGAUGAUGAGACCGUGUCGCUGGACUCCAGAAGGCUCGAGGAUCCUGACAUUGGGCAGCCUGAUAAGCAGCCUGGUAACAUAAGUUCACAAACUGUCAGAUAUCUCUACACAACGCAUCUUAAGAGACAGAUCGAGCUGACAGAAGUCAAGAUUGAUGUGAACAAAAGAAAGCUGCAGGACAUGGACCUUGAGAUGCAAAUUAAACGAAAGACACUGAGGAAACUAGAACUGGAAAUCCAGAAACUAGAAAGAGAAGUAAGUGACUUCAGUUCAUACUGUAACCAUGACUGUAACACAAUGUAUUAAUCAUCAUCAUUUUUUCUCUCCAAAGCUCCAAGCUGACAAGUGAUAACAGCAAAAUAAUAAAAGAAAAAUAUUCCAAAA